AUGAGUAAUCUUUCACCAUUUGGAGGUGGCAAAAAUCCACCAUGGGUUCGUAAUGCAGGACAAGGAAUUCAAAAUAUUCAACAACAAAUGUUAGGUCAAGCAAUGGGUAGUAUAGGUGGCCAACCUAUGGUUCAAUAUCAACAACAAACGCAACAAGUUUAUCAACAAAGUUUGGGAUUACAACAGCCCAAUAUAACAAUGGCUUCAAUGGCAACACUUGGAUCUAACUUACCAUCAGGUAUAGCUGGUCAAUUAUAUCCACAAGUUGCUACUGUUUCUUAUCCACCACCAAGAGCAUUAAAUACAAAUGCAUUUCAACCUUCUGUUGCUGGUGUACCACAACAAGUACAACAAAAUGUACCUUCAUCUUCUACAAAACAAAGAGUUUUUACUGGCACAGUUACACAAGUAUAUGACAAUUUUGGUUUUGUAGAUGAAGAUGUAUUCUUUCAAACAAAUGCAUGUGUUAAAGGAUCUAAUCCUGUUGUGGGUGACCGAGUAUUAGUAGAAGCAUCAUAUAAUCCAUCCAUGCCAUUUAAAUGGAGUGCUACUAGAAUACAAGUACUUCCUAUGGGAAAUAAUAAUAAUAAUACUAAUACACAGCAAAAUAAUCAAAAUACUCGCCAACAACAACAACAAUCCCAACCACAACAAAAUCGAACAUCAGGAACAUAUAAUGCUGUGCCCCCUCCUGCUGAAAAUGCUAAUAAUAGAUUCACAACUAGUGCAACAAGUGCUAAUACAGCUAGUAAUCGAAAUAAAGUUGGUAGAGUAAGAGAAAGAUCUCCACGAGAACGAAAAAAUGAAGAAGAAGAAAUUGAAAGAAAAAGACGCCGUGAAGAAAGAAUUAGGGAACGCGAGAAAAAAGAGGAACGUAGUCCAUCAAGAACUAGAAGAAGUAAAUCACCAAGACCAAGACGACGUACUAGAGUUGUACCGCGUUACAUGGUACAGAUACCAAAAAUAGCACUUGAUUUACCUGAAGCAGAUGUACUUGAAAUAAGAAGACGCUAUCAAAAUAUGUAUAUUCCUAGCGAUUUUUUUUCUACUAAUUUUCGAUGGGUUGAUGCCUUUCCUCCACAUAUGCCAUUUGCUCUUAAUAAGCCAUGCUCUUUUCAUGUCAUGCACAAAGAUGUUGAUCCUUGUUCUGAAAAUAUAGCAGUACUAGAACCUUCAGAUGCUGAUUAUCUUUUUUCUGCAAAGGUUAUGCUGAUAUCUAUGCCUGCCAUGGAAGAAAUUUAUAAACGAUGUUGUGGUGUAUCUGAAGAUAGAGAUCCAGAUCGCGAUUAUGUACAUCCUACACGUUUAAUAAAUUUCUUAGUAGGCUUACGGGGUAAAAAUGAAACAAUGGCUAUUGGUGGACCAUGGAGUCCUUCUUUGGAUGGUCCUAAUCCUGAAAAAGAUCCAUCAGUAUUGAUUAGAACGGCAGUGAGGACUUGUAAGGCGCUCACGGGAAUAGAUCUAUCCAGUUGUACUCAGUGGUACCGCUUCCUGGAACUCUACUACAGACGUGCAGAAACGACCCACAAGUCGGGGCGAGUGGUGCCCUCUCGCGUUGAAACCGUCAUACUAUUUCUCCCAGAUGUUUGGAGCUGUGUACCCAUCAAAUUGGAAUGGGAUGGUCUGCAACUCAGCUAUAAGAAACAACUGGAGCGAAAAUUGCUGCGUGCUGCCUCUAGUCCCGACGAUUUGGAUGCUGCCAAUGACACUGAUGAGGCUGCCGUCGCUGAUCAAAAGGAUGAUCCAGUGCCAGAGAAAAAGGAUCCUACUCAUUAUUCUGAAUUGGAUCCAAAGUCUAUGAAUGUGACUGAACUACGACAAGAAUUAGCAGCUCGUAAUUUAAAUUGCAAAGGUUUAAAAUCACAAUUACUUGCAAGACUUAUGAAAGCAAUAACAUCAGAACAAGCUAAAGAAGAAGGAAGACAAGAUGAUAUAGAAGAAAAUGAUAAGGAUAUUUCACCUCCACCAAAAGAAGAAGAAGAUAAAAAAUUUAAAGAUAUUAAAGAUCAUGAUGAAGAUAGAAGAAAACUUUGUGAACGUGAACGCGCCGCUCUUGAAAAGCGAUAUACUUUACCUGAAUCAUCUCAUAUUAUUGUCCAUCCUUCCAGAAUGGCUAAAAGUGGAAAAUUUGAUUGUACUGUAAUGUCUUUGAGUGUUCUUUUAGAUUAUAGACCAGAAGAUACAAAGGAACAUUCCUUUGAGGUAUCAUUAUUUGCAGAACUUUUUAAUGAAAUGUUAAUGCGAGAUUUUGGUUUUCGAAUUUAUCGAUCAUUAUGUAGUCUUCCUGAAAAACCGAAAGAAAAAGAUGAAGAUAAAAAAAAGGAUAAAAAAGAUGAGAAAAGAGAUGAAAAAAAAGAUGAUAAAAGAAAAGAUGAUGACAAAAGAUGUAAGAAAGACGAGAGAAAAGAUGAUAAAAGAAGAGAAGGAAGUAAAGAUAAAAAAGAUGAAAAAGAUGCAAAAAACAAAGUAGAUGAUAGAGAUCGAGAGAAAGAAAAAAAUGAUGAUGACGAUGAUGAUGAAGAAGAUGAAUCUGAUGAUGAUGAUUCAAUUAAAGACGGUAGAAGAGAUAGAGAAAAAGAUGGAAGAAAAAGGAAAAUAAAAUUGUAUACACAUGAUCCUUACCUCUUAUUAUCUUUCGUUUAUUUCGAUCAAACUCAUUGUGGCUAUAUAUUUGAUAAAGAUAUAGAAGAACUUAUUUAUACUUUAGGAUUGAAAUUAUCAAGAGCACAAGUUCGUAAAUUAGUACAAAAGGUUGUAACAAGAGAUUCUUUGCAUUAUCGUAAAUUAACGGAUAGAUCGAAGGAAGAUGAUUUGAAGGACGAAAAAAAAGAUGAGAAGGAAAUUGAUAAAAUUGAUUCUACUAAAAUAGAAAAUGAAGAAGAAAUAUUACGUUCAUUAGCACUUGGAAAUAAAAAAUUGUUACCUGUGUUCGUUGGAAGUGGACCACCAUCAAAAAGAGUUCAUAGAGAAGAUGCAAUUAUAGAACAAUCUGAUGAAUCAAUUGUAUCAGAAGGAUUUGUUAUAUAUAAAGGUUCUUUAUUAGAUGUAGAAAAACUUGUUAGUCAAUUAAAAAGAUCAGAAAAAGCUCGAUUGGAUACGGAAGAGCGUCUGAUGGAAUUACAGCAUGAAUUAUGUAUAGUAAAUGAAAAAUCAACAAAACAAACAAAUAACAUCAAAGCUCUUUCCGAAGAUUUAAAAGUAUACAAAGAUAAAUUAAGAAACACGGAUGAAAAGCUCAAAAAAGUAUCGUCUGAAUGCCAUACAUACCUUACAGCAGUAAAAAAUAUGUAUCAUAUAGCAGCAAAAAUGAUGCAGUCUGAUACAAAAAAAGUAGAAGUUGUAGAAAUACAAGAUGAAAAAGUUAGUGAAGUUAAUGGAUCAGAAAUCGAAACAAAAUUUAAAAUGGAUAGUAGGUGGGGUGAUAACAAAGUUCCAAUAAAAAAAGAAUUCACAGAAAUGGAUAAAGAUAAAAAAUGUGACAAUAAAGUCUCAAUUAAAAAAGAAAUAAUAGAAACUGAUAAAGAAAAGAAAUAAAAAAAAAAUAUUCUUUAUUUCUUGUAAAAGAUGUGAACGCACUUUUAUUAAAUUAUAUAAGUAAAAAGGAAAUUAAAAAUGUGCUUAGUGAUAAAACAGCAACAGGGAAGUGAAUGGGAUAAAUUUUCCCAUAUGAAAGUAAAAAUGACUUUAAAGACUUGGUUUUAUAACUUUUUUCACUCAGUGACAAUAUAUAGUAAACCUGUUUCUGUGCAUAUUACGUUAGAAAUAAGGAAGAUCACGCGUUCAAAUAGUAUAAAUAAGUAAUUGAAUACAGAAGAAUUAGAACAAAUUCUUACACUGCAAUUUUUAAUAUAAAUUUGUCAAAUUUAAUGCAGAUAGACAAAAUUCUUAAGGAACUUUGAUUUGCCAUAAAGUGCCAGAUACUGAUAAACAGCUAUAUAUCGUGAUUUCAAAAUAAGUUCAUAUAAAUGAGUUCAUAUAAAUGAAUAUAAAUUAUCAUCAUAUAAUCAUUAAUAUAUCUUUAAAUUUUUGUCAUAUUUUU